AUGAGUUCAGAAUUAUUAAUAUCUAAUUCUAAACCAAGACCAGAAGGAUUAAGAAAAUUAUGCGAAGGUGAGACAGUGAUCCUUCCAAGGGACAUAACCCCCAGCAAAUGCGCUUAUUUCUUAAAACAGAAUAUCGUAUUCAUUUCAUAUAUUUUCAUCCAUAUUAUUAUUACCAUAAUCUUAAACCGCCUGGCAUUAUCUGCACACGGUAAUACUUUGAUUAUUAUCUUAGCGGCUUUACUAAUUACAAUUUCACUAUUCCUUUUACUCCUCUUACCUUACUUAAGCUGCUCAAGAUAUAAGUUAAGAUGUUUAGAUGAUGAUUGUAAGUUCAAACUAUUAGCGGAAGUCAUUACACAUAAACCUAACAUGGACUUGAGCACAUGGGACCGGAUUGCAUAUGACAUGAACCAAUUUGUAUAUGACCGUCGUAUAUGUGCAGAUAGAUCUUUUUUCUACGAUGGCAGUUAUUGCUAUCAGGUUUUUAAAAAGUUGGUGGCUACCCCGUACCUUGUGAAUUCCAAUAUGAAUAGUAUAUAUGCUGAUCUGGAGAUGAGAAGUAAUGGAGCAACCAACAUUAACGAUUCUGGUAAUAGUUCAUUACACAUCGAAUUGGGCACUUAUAUUUUUAAAGCAUUGGCCGUUUUCAGGAACUCUGUUGACAAGUACUGGGAGGAUAAGUAUCCAGAGAUGGGGGUCACAGUUUGA